AACUAGUAUUCCCCUAAAGUCGUACCAUGUCGUACGAUUGUUGUGUAGCACAAUGCUCGUCUCAGACAAGAUCUAUAAGAGUUGGAUUCCGCACUACAGCAAUCAUCGGAUUGCUCAUUGGAAUCAUCACAGUAAUUUGGCAGAUUCGAUCUCACACCGACAUGAACCAAUUUGACACUGACUGGAGUUUCGAGCUUGAAAUUUGUUUUGGCAUCUACGGUUUUUUUCUGGCUAGUACUAGCUACUAUCUCGGGGAAAUUCACGCCAGCUCAUGGGCGAAAUUUCAUAUUGUUGUUUCUGCUAUUGGAAUUGUCCUAGAUCUGGUUCUUUUCGGGCAUCAUGCAACCUCAGUAAUUAAAAUUGACAGGCAUUUGGUAGGCGGCUAUUCCGACAUUGGCAACGAUCACUUCAUGAUUUCUAUCGCUACAAUUCAAGCUGCCAACAACUCUGCUGCCAUAUUUCUUUGCCGGAAACUCCUUAGACAUGAAAAAGGAGUUUCGGAUGCGCAUGCCUUACGGGAAUCUACGCCAGAGCCUACCGACGGCGAGGAAACGAGUACUUUGCUCAAAAAACAGGAGCCGAACCAUUCUGUUAUCUAAUUUCUUUUCUUCGACCAAUUGUGUUG